GCGGUGAACACUUCAGUGGAGUAGUUUUCGAAGAUCCUGUUCUGUUCAACAUAACUUCUCGGUCAUGGAAAUCUAUUGUGGUAGGAGGAAAAGCUAAGCCUGGUCCAAGAUUUGAUCACACAGUAGUGCGUUACAAGUCGAAGCUGUUCAUGUACGGUGGUGUUAUUGAUAGAAAGAAUAUCACAAGUGAACUUUGGAGUUUUGAUUUGCAUACGAAAGAAUGGAACCAAGAAAACGGAGAAAACAGGAAUCUAACG